GCCGAGGCUGCUCCCGGACCCGGAAGCGGAGCGGCGGGGCGCGAUGCGGCUGGGCUCCGGGACGUUCGCCGCCUGCUGCGUAGCGAUCGAGGUGCUCGGGGUCGCGAUCUUCCUGCGGGGCUUUUUCCCGGCUCCCGUUCGCUCCUCGUCCAGCACCGAGCACCGAGCAGAGCUCCCCGCGCCCGAGCCUUCGGCGGGAGCCACUUCCAACUGGACCGAGCGCCCCUCGCCUCUCUUUAGCAAAGUUGUCAUUGUGCUGGUAGAUGCCUUGAGAGAUGAUUUUGUGUUUGGGUCGAAGGGUGUGAGGUUUAUGCCUUACACAACUCAUCUGGUGGAAGAGGGAGCGUCUCACAGCUUUGUGGCUGAAGCAAAGCCACCCACAGUUACCAUGCCGCGGAUCAAGGCACUGAUGACAGGGAGCCUCCCCGGUUUCAUUGAUAUCGUCAGGAACCUCAAUUCUCCUGUGCUCCUGGAAGACAACGUGAUUGGACAGGCAAAAGCAGCUGGGAAGAGAAUGAUCUUCUAUGGAGAUGAGACAUGGGUGAAGCUGUUCCCAAAGCAUUUUGUGGAAUAUGAUGGAACAACCUCAUUUUUUGUGUCAGAUUACACGGAGGUUGAUAAUAACGUCACGAGGCAUCUGGAUAAAGUGCUAAAAAGAGGAGACUGGGACGUGCUAAUCCUGCACUACCUGGGGCUGGACCACAUCGGCCAUGUUUCCGGGCCCAGUAGCCCCCUUAUUGGGCACAAGCUUAGCGAGAUGGACAAUGUGCUGAUGAAGAUUCACACCUCGCUGCUGGCCAAGGAGAGAGACAGCGUUUUACCCAGUUUGCUGGUUCUUUGUGGUGAUCAUGGCAUGUCGGAAACAGGAGGUCACGGGGCCUCCUCCGCGGGGGAGGUGAACACGCCUCUGAUUUUAAUCAGUUCUGCAUUCCAAAGAAAACCUGGUGGCAUCCGGCGUCCACAGCGUGUCCAACAGACCGAUUUGGCUGCAACACUAGCAAUAGGACUUGGUUUGCCAAUUCCAAAAGACAGUGUGGGGAGUCUUUUAUUCCCAGUUGUAGAAGGGAAACCAAUGAGGGAACAGUUGAGAUUUUUACAUUUGAAUACAGUACAGCUGAGCAAAUUGCUGCAAGAGAAUGUACCUUCCUAUGAGAAAGAUCCUGGAUUUGAGCAGUUCAAAAUGUCAGAAAGGCUGCACGGGAACUGGGUGAGGCUAUACUUGGAGGAGAACCGCUCAGAAGUGCUCGUCAACCUGGGGACCAAGGUCAUCAGGCAGUACCUGGAUGCGCUGAGGACGCUGAGUGUGUCCCUGAGCACACAGGUGGCCCAAUACGACGUCUACUCCAUGGUGGUAGGGGCCGUCAUGGUUCUGGAGGUGCUUGCCCUGCUCCUCCUGAGCACCCCACAGGCACUGCGCACAGAGGCUGAGCUCGAAGUUCCUCUGCUGUCGCCUGCGUUCUCUCUGCUCUUCUAUUUGAUGUUCCUGGUUCUGUUGGCCGUUCAUGUCAUCGUGUGCACCUCGACCGAGAGCACCUGCUAUUUCUGCAGCCUCUCAUGGCUGGCGGCAGGCGGUGUGAUGCUGCUGCUUUCUGCCCUGUUCUGUGCAGCUGUGUCUGCUCUUGCCAAGGUGUGCCGUGCUGGAAGCCUCCUGAGGAAGAAUCCUGCCCGUCCUCACUCAAAGUGGUCAGAGUUGGAGCUUCUCAUCGUCUUUGGGACACUGGGCCACGUCUUGAGUCUGGGUGGCAGCAGCUUCGUGGAGGAGGAGCACCAGACCUGGUACUUUCUCGUCAACACUCUGUGUCUAGCUCUGAGUCAGGAAAUCUGCAGAAACUACUUCCUGGAAGAUGAUGAUGAGCCUCCUCAUCGCUUCCCCAUGGAGCAGGGCUUCGACUGUGCUGCCCCAGCGCUGCAGGACUGGAGGGGCUACUGUGUGCCCAGGCCCGACAGAGUAUGUAAGAGGCGCCUCCCCUCAGCGGUGCCUGGAGGCCUCGAGAGGUGGAUGGUGCUGGCGAGCCCAUGGCUGAUCCUGGCCUGCUGCCGGCUGCUGCGCUCCCUGAACCAGACGGGGGUGCAGUGGGCCCACCUGCCGGACCUUGGCCACUGGCUGACCAGCUCUGACCACAAAGCUGAGCUGUCUGCCCUGGCCGCCCUUUCCCUCCUUGUGGUUUUCGUGCUGGCCCAGAGGGGCUGCUCCCCCGUGUCCAAGGGGGCCCUGGCACUCGGGCUGCUGGGCGUCUACUGCUACAGGGUGGCCGUUGGAAACGUGCUGUUCCCGUGGCGACCAGACAGCAAAGACAUUUCUAAGGGUAUCAUUGAAGCCCGUUUUGUUUAUGUCUUUGUCCUUGGCAUUCUGUUCACGGGCACCAAAGACUUACUUAAAUCUCAAGUCCUGGCUGCAGACUUCAAAACCAAGACUGUGGGUUUGUGGGAGAUAUUUAGUGGACUGGUUCUUCUGGCGGCGUUGCUCUCCAGGCCACAUAAUCUUCCGGUUUUAGCGUCCAGCCUCCUGAUUCAGACGGUCAUGACCUCGUUCAUCUGGAAGCCGCUGCAACACAGCACCGCUGAGAUCACUGUCAUGCACUACUGGUUCGGUCAAGCCUUCUUCUAUUUUCAGGGCAACUCCAACAACAUCGCCACAGUGGACAUCUCUGCAGGCUUCGUGGGCUUCGAUGCAUACGUGGAAACCCCAGCCAUGCUCCUGACGGCAUUUGCGACAUAUGUGGGGCCCCUGCUGUGGGCCUGCCACUUGGUGCACUUCCUGAGCUCGGAGAGAAGCAGCAGUACAGCGCUGAGUCAUGCCUGCUUCUGCUACGCGCUGAUCUGCUCCGUCCCGGUGGCUGUGUACAUCGUCCUGGUGUCGUCCCUGCGCUACCACUUGUUCAUAUGGAGCGUGUUUUCUCCAAAGCUCCUCUACGAGGGGAUGCACCUGCUCGUGACGGCUGCCGUCUGCGCCUUCUUCACAGCCAUGGACCGAACCAGCAUCACGACCUCGUAGACAAAGAUGGGUGCGGGGAACCAGUCGGCCGCUCGGUCGUGGCUCUGAGUGUUAGAAGUCUGUUCAAACAAAUGCAGAAUUAAAAUUUUUUAAAGGAGAGGA